UGUAUAUAGCAAAGUGACAUUAAAAUUAUCUGCAGUAAGUUUACAAAAUAUAGAAGAGUUCAGAAAACAACAAUUGAAGAGAGGUGAAAGUAAAUAGGACUGAAGAGGACGAAAGCCAAGACGCAAACUUAAAUGAAAACUAUAUAUAUAAGUCAAAUGCUGUUUACUUCGAACAUUUUGACUUACCCCAUGAUGCCACUAGUUAUGACAAUGAUUAAUGCAAACUAAAGAUUACUGUAUAAUUGUUACAUCAAGUUGAUCGAUUUUCAAGGCAUGAAGGUCAAAUAUGCGAAUUUCCCAAAAUUCAUACAAUGAAAAAACCGAUUGUGCUUCUAGCAGCCUUCAUAAAUAACUUUCUUGGAAGUAGUUUGGGGUAUUCAGCGGGAAUUAUCCAUUUUGGACUGCUGGAAAAAUUCCCAGAAUCUGCUUCCAAAGUUGCCCUGGCAGGUGCUCUGUUCACGAGUGUUUUCUGUUUAGCUGGUCCUAUAUCCACCACUGUGAUCAAUACACUAUCCUGUAGGUCUGCUUUGUUCAUUGGGGCAUUCCUAAACUUUGCUGGCUUCCUGGUGUCAAGUUUUUCAUCAAACAUAGAACUUGUUGUAUUCUGUUAUGGGAUUAUUUCAGGAAUCGGUCAGUCAAUGAUGUAUUCCGCCAGUGUCUUAGUCGCAGGCUACUACUUCCACAAAAACGUCAGUGUAGCUACUGGGGUGGUGGUGUCAGGGACAGGCUUGGGUGUAACAGUGUUCCCCAUGUUUACCGAGUUCCUCCUGAGGGCACACGGAAUUGACGGAACCUUUCUCCUUCUCUCAGCAAUCAGUCUCCAGACAUGUGUUUUUACUAUGUGCAUAGGAAUUCAUGAAAUAGAACGAGAAAGAAAAAGUCCUCAAAAAUUCUCAACGAGGUUGAAAUUAGUAGUAUAUGACCUUAGAAAACUUUCCUCCAAUGGUGCUUUCUGUCUUCUAUGUAUUAGUAUUUUAUGUUGGAGUACAAGUUUGAAUACGUCUGUACUUUUUCUGCCAGAUUACUAUAAAAGUACGGGUUCUUCAGAGUUGCAAGCUGCCUCAUUAAUGUCUAUAUAUGGAGUAUUCAACUAUUUCUCAAGGGUAAUCACUGGUUUAGCAGCAUCUGAUGAUCAAGUAGACGGAAAAAUAUUGUAUAUGGGAUCAUUUGUCAUAUUGUCUAUGUGUACAGCAUUACUGCCUAUGGUUGGGACUUCUUUCGCAGGGAAGGUGUUUUAUUCAAUAGUACUCGGACUGUAUUCUAGUGGAGUCUGGUCGCUCUUAACGACUAUAACAAUUGAACUUAUUGGUAUUAAACAAACAUCAACAGCAUUUGGUAUUGAAAUGCUGACAAGUGGAAUAGGUUUUUUAUCUGGACCAGUAAUCGGAAAUAAUAUAAAAGAAGUAAGUGGGGGAUAUUCUCUUGUGUUUGUGAUCUCUGGGAUUCUAUAUAUGAUGGCUGGCGUGUUUGAAGUUUUUAUGAUUUUGACAAUGAGAAAAUCUGGUGUUCUUCAGAGCAGUGAAGAGCAGAGAAGAAGUAUUGAAAUAGAGGACACAAUGAUAAGGAAUGGAAAUGAAGAAUUAGAAAAUAACAAAUCUGAUGAAGAAGACGAAAGAACCAUAGAAAUUGAAGAGAGACAGAAAUUAAAAUGAAAUUCCACUGGAAGCCACAGAUUGUGUUUGUUAAUAACUAUUGUGUACCUGCAUCUUGACAUCAUCGUAGACAGCCUUUUAUUACUUCCACCUUAUUAAUAAUGUAAAGAAUUUAAGAAAAACACGAUUAGCGAAUCAUUGACGGAAUCACGUAGUCUAUAAAGUCACAGACAAUAAAAAUGUCUAAUUCUA